AUGUCGGAAUUAUGGUACGAGCAGCCCGCAAGCGAUUGGAACUCCGCGCUACCGGUCGGAAAUGGGCGCUUAGGCGCCAUGGUGUAUGGACGCACCGACACGGAAAUGCUGCAGCUCAACGAGGAUUCCGUAUGGUACGGAGGCCCUCAACAUCGCAACCCACGUGAUGCUUUGGGCUUUCUCCCAGGUCUGCGAGAAGCGAUCCGAGCUGAAAAUCAUGUCGAGGCGGAGAAGAUAGCCAAGCUGGCAUUCUUUGCCAGCCCAGCCAGUCAGCGAAACUACGAACCGCUUGGAAACCUCUUCUUGGACUUUGGUCAUGACCCAGAGCAGGUCACUCAUUAUCGGCGAUCACUCAGCUUAGACAGCGCCGUUUCGUAUGUCAGCUAUUAUCACCAGAAUGUUCGCCAUCAAAGAGAAAUCUUUGCCAGUUUUCCGGAUGAUGUGCUUGCAAUCCGAGUGCAGUCAUCAGUCAAGUCCGAGUUCGUCGUCAGAUUGACGCGUAUGAGUGACUUGGAAUAUGAAUCAAAUGAAUGGCUAGAUGAUGUCAAUGCUACCGAGGAGUCAAUCACUAUGCACGUUACCCCUGGUGGCAAGGACAGCAACCGGGCGUGUUGUGUGGUUGGUCUUCACUGUGAAGAUGAAGACAGCACUAUCAACAGGAUUGGAAACAACCUUGUGGUGAAUUCGUGUAAUACUCUGCUGCUUAUCGCAGCACAAACAAGCUUUCGCCAUGGAGACAUUGAUCGGCGGACCCAGCAGGAUAUCAAGGAUGCCAUGAACCUUUCAUCUGUGGACCUGGCAGAGCGGCAUAUGGCAGACUAUCAAUCACUGUAUAGUCGAAUGGAACUCAGACUUGAAAGCAAAUUGUCUUCUAUUCCAACCGACAAACAUCUUCAAUCGUCUCGCGACCCAGGACUCAUCGCGCUCUAUCACAACUACAGCCGCUACCUCUUGAUAUCGAGUAGUCGAAAUGGACACAAGCCAUUGCCAGCGAACCUACAGGGAAUCUGGAAUCCCUCUUUCCAUCCAGCGUGGGGAUCAAGAUUUACCAUCAACGUCAAUCUCCAAAUGAACUACUGGUCUGCAAACAUAUGCAAUCUUUCAGAAUGUGAAAUGCCUCUCUUUGAGCUGCUGGAACGCAUGGCCGAUAUUGGCAAAGACACGGCUCGAAUCAUGUACGAUUGUCGAGGCUGGACCGCUCAUUCCAACACAGACAUAUGGGCCGAUACAGCGCCGGUUGACCGUUGGAUGCCGGCCAGUAUCUGGCCACUUGGGGGUGCAUGGCUUUGUUAUCACAUCUGGGAACAUUACCAGUUUACUCGCGAUGAGGCUUUCCUCCAACGCAUGUUUCCAAUCCUGCGGGGGUGCGUUGAGUUUCUCCUUGACUUCUUGAUUGAAGACUCCGACGGUAAAUACCUGACAACCAGUCCGUCUGUAUCUCCUGAGAAUUCAUUCUACAACCACGAGGGCAAAAAGGGAAUACUGUGCGAGGGAUCGACCAUCGAUAUCCAGAUCAUCGAUGCUAUAUUUGGCGCAUUUGUGUCUUGCUCGGAGACCCUCAGUGUCGAGGACGUUCUUCUUUCAGCAGUACAAGAUGCCAGGAAACGCCUUCCACCAAUGCAGAUUGCGACAGGAGGAUAUCUACAAGAAUGGGCCAGCGACUACGCCGAGGUGGAGCCCGGACACCGUCAUACUUCACAUCUAUGGGCGCUUUAUCCCGGAAAUGCUAUUACCGCAACACAAACCCCCGAGCUUGCAAAUGCCUGUGGGGUGGUGUUGCGUCGACGAGCCGAGCACGGCGGCGGUCAUACUGGCUGGAGCCGUGCUUGGUUAAUCAAUUUGCAUGCACGGCUAUCCGAAGCCGAAGAGUGUAACAAGCAUCUCGACUUACUUUUGUCUCGGUCGACGCUCCCCAACCUGUUAGAUAGCCAUCCACCCUUCCAGAUCGACGGUAAUUUUGGGGGCGGGGCAGGCAUUAUUGAAAUGCUGGUCCAAUCGCAGCCUGGGGUGAUUCGCCUUCUUCCUGCGUGUCCGAGGGGCUGGACGGGGUCCAUUCGAGGCGUACGGGCGCGUGGUGGAUUUGAGCUGCAGUUUAGUUGGGAAAAUGGGCGUGUUGUUGGCUUUGUUACCGUGCAGUCUGAGUGUGGGGAGAAGACCAUUCUUGAUUUUGGCGAGAACAAGACCGUCGAGGUGACAGGGCCUGGAAGGCAUUUAGUCCAAGCUCUAUAG